GUACAUUGUAGGUCAGCUUUUUCCUCUACGUUUUUCUUGCUUUCUUACCUUGCAAACAAGACGAGAAUAGACCCUUCAUUUAAACCUAGAGUGGAUGUAAAUGCGUUUUUCGAAAUGGCAUCCAAACAAGGAUUUGAGUACUCUGGUUUUCCUACUCUGCUUGGCAUAGUGGCUCAAGUAACAGGAGAACAUAUUACUGUAGUGAAUGCCGCACAAGCUGCACAUAUACCUGACAUACCAAUGGGAAACGGAUGGCGAAAGUAUUGGCUGGCAAAACCUUUGUAUAAGAAUAUAUUCAUUGCUGGCCAGGUUUGGUCUUCCAAUAUAGAAAAUCUAAAAGAUGCUGGCUACUCUGCCAUUUUUAAUGUUCGCAAUGGGGUAAC